UUUGAGGUUGUAGUCGGAACGCUCCCUCAAGUUUCGCAGCGCAGAGGCCAGGACUACAACUCCCAGAGUUCCGCGCUCCAGGGCGCGCGCGUGCACCGUAGUGGCGGAGGCGGAGGUGCCCACCUCUGUGGGUUCUCAGAGUAGGGCUCUGUUGGCGGCGCGCUUGCGACUUAGUGAGCUCUGGUCCUUCCAACACUUGUCGAGGGGAGGGAGGAGCAAGUACUUAGCGUUCGGCAGCACCUCGACUUCUGUGCAGGCCACUCCUCCAAGAGUUAGGCUGUCGGUGAGCGCAGGCUGUGCCUCGGGUCCCCGUCUUCACGGUCCUUUCCUAGGAACUGACCUGGAGAGGUGUGGAGGAGGAGAGCGCGAGGCCUGCCGGUCAUCUACCGGGCCCACUCCGGAUUUCCAGGAGGCUCCGGAGAAGCUGUCUUCCUGACGGGUAACGAGCCCAAGGCUGGCUAUGAAGAGCGACGCCUCGACUUCUGCAGCCCCCUUGAAAGGGCUUGGGGGCCCUUUGCGGAGCAGCGAGCCUGCGCGUGCCCUUCCGGCUGUGUUACCCGCGGUGCACCUGCUGGAGGAGGCGUCCGACCUGCUGGUGGUGCAUCUGGACUUCCCUGCCGCACUAGAGACUUGCGAACGGGCUUGGGAGAGCCUGGCCGAGGAGCCCGCAAGUGACACUGUUGUGGAGGUGAAAUGCUCCCUGUGUGUUGUGGGGAUUCAGGCUCUGGCAGAAAUGGAUCGGUGGAGAGAAGUCCUGUCCUGGGUCCUCCAGUAUUACCAGGAUCCUCAAAAGCUUCCUCCCAAAGUCCUGGAGCUGUGCAUCCUUCUGUAUAGCAAAAUGCAAGAGCCUGGAACUGUGUUGACUGUGGUUGAUGCCUGGCUCCAAGACCCAGACAACCAGGGCCUUCCUGAGUACGGAUCCCUGGCAGAACUCCACGUGCUCCGGGUGCUUCUACCCUUGGGUCGUUGGUCAGAGGCCGAGGAACUGGCACUGGGCUCUGCAGCUUUCGGCGAGGAGCAGCGGGAAGAAGUGCUCCAGGCCAUCCGCACAGCAAGGCAACAGUCCACACAGGAGCCCUUGAGUUCUCAGGAGCAACCGAAGCCAAGCCAGGAAGGUUCCUUCUCCUGUAAGUUGAUGUCGCUGCUGAGGUUGCUUCACCGGCUCUGGGGCUCUGUGGCGAGCCACCUCCUCUCUCAGCCCUUCAGAAAGAGCCUCCUGGCCGCCUUGAUCCUCUGUCUCCUGGUUCUGCGGUUUGACCCAGGAACCAUGAGUCAACAGCUUUUCCUUAGAAGAAGAAACUUCACAGUUAGAAUUCAUCUGCAUCCUGAAGUCUUGGGAACCGUGAUAGCCUUUCCCUAUCAUUUUGUGGAUGAUUCUUAAGUAGACCCUAGAUUGAUGGGGAGAGAAAAGGAUUCAGAAGAGGUGAAAGCCCUUGACAAUGACUCCUCUCUUACUGCUUUUGAGAUGUGAGUUUCACUAUUAUUGCCCAACUUGGCCUAGAACCCCAGGGCUUGAGCGGUGGACUCCACCCACCGUCUUGAAUAUCUGUGACUCAUGAGCCUUAUGAGAAUGAUUUUGAAAUGAGAAUCUGGACAUUCACUGCCCUAGAAAAACCUCCUUAAUGGCUUCCAUGGCCCACAGGAUACAAAUCCAUAUUCUUCUUAAUGGAAACUUAGGCCCCAUGUUAGCGGAUUUGGCGGCACCUCCUUUGCUGUGUUACUCUGAUUUCUGGGUAUGCUGCAUCCUAGCUGCCAGGUCCUCCUCAGGCCUCGUCAGUGUGGCUUUGCUGGUACUGCUGGAGGGUCUUAUAGCAGCUCUGCCGCAGGAGACCCUUGGCUUUUCAGGCCUGCUCAGUUCCCAGCCCUGUCUUGUGCCCCUCCUGCCGUGGUGACUUUGAUAGUGGUGGGGUUGUUUGCCUCUACCAGUGCUGUGAGCUCUGGAAGCUGCAGAGCAAGGCUCGCAUUCCUGCUCCGCUGUGUGGGUGACUGCUAGGCAGAGGUCAGCCGUCUCAUCUCACAGGGACUCACACAUGACUCAAUGGGCAUGUCAGAAGCUUUUGGCACUUCUUCUGCCCCGAGGAAGAUUUCUUGCGAGUGGUGGCUGAGCUGAGGCCCAGGUGGCAUGCACAGUGCUCAGAGGGGUGGACGAGCGGGCGUCUCAAGAGGGCAUGUGCACCUGGCACGUGUGCUGUCCUGUGCUGUGAAAGCCUGGGCACACAGGCUUGAUUGUGCCCCGCUUGUCCGUCUGCUCUCCCUGGUGUUCCUCGCCGUUCUACUGGGGACCUGUGGGGCUCUGGCUAUUGUCCUGAUUGCUACAGGGCUGUCUGUAUCCAGCCCUAACCAGCUGCCUGUCAGGUGAGGAACUUGCAACCCAAACCACUGCUGUUACUUUGGCCUUUCCAAGGAUGUGGGCUGGGCCUCAGCUCUGGGCUUAACGAGGUCAAAGUGAAGGGCGAGCUUUCUUGGUAGACCAUUACAGUGGCCAUCAGCCAAAGGUGGAGUUUGAGCAUGAAAUGAAAUGUGUGUGGACACAUUCUGUAACUGUAAAACGUACACACUAGAUUUCAAAGACCAACUACUGAAACAAAAAAGCUAAAAUAAAAAAUGGAAAUACAAAGAUUUUUAUAUUGACUGAAUGUUGAAAUGAUAAUAUUUUUGAUAUAUUGGUUCAAAUAA